CUUUAGGAUCAUUUUCUGCUGUGUUUGGAGAAGAAUGGAAGGAGAAAACCGAUAGAGAUUUUGUUAAGUUUUGGAAGGAUAUUGUUGAGGAUAUUGAAGUUCGUGAUCUAAUUUCUGACAGAAGCAAAUCUCAAGAUAUUCCAUCGGAAGAAUUGAUUUGGGAAUCCUUAUUUCAUCCACCUCGCAAAUUGGGCAUUAAUGAUAUUGAAGGGCAGCGGGUACUUCAGAUCGCAGUGAUUUUACGUAAUCUUUCUUUUGAAGAGGGAAAUGUUAAACUUUUGGCAGCUAAUCGUACCUGUCUUCGGUUCCUGCUACUCUCUGCUCAUAGUCAUUUUAUUUCUCUACGGCAGUUGGGGCUUGACACGCUGGGAAAUAUUGCAGCAGAGCUUCUUUUGGAUCCUGUUGAUUUCAAAACUACUCAUCUAAUGUUUCACACUGUUACAAAAUGCCUCAUGUCAAGGGAUAGGUUUUUAAAAAUGAGAGGCAUGGAAAUCUUGGCAAAUCUUUGUAAGGCUGAAGAUAAUGGUGUCUUAAUUUGUGAAUAUGUGGAUCAAGAAUCCUAUAAAGAGAUCAUAUGUCAUCUCACACUACCAGAUGUGCUGCUUGUAAUCUCGGCACUUGAGGUGCUAUACAUGCUCACAGAAAUGGGAGAAGUGGCCUGCUCAAAGAUUGCUAAAGUAGAGAAGAGCAUAGAUACAUUAGUAUGUCUGGUUUCUAUGGACAUCCAGAUGUUCGGACCUGAUGCACUUACUGCUGUAAAACUCAUUGAACAUCAGUGCGUUAGCCAGCAAGGAGUACCUGAUGUCAGACCACAAGUAAUGGAUCAUGGUUCUUCACAGGCCCAUGCAACAGGUGUCCCAGCCUCUAGGACAGUACCACAUGUUGCUCCACCACCGGGAAUAGUAGAAAUAGACAGCGAGAAAUUUGCAUGUCAGUGGUUGAAUGCACAUUUUGAGGUGAAUCUUGAUUGCUCAGUCUCUCGAGCAGAAAUGUACUCUGAAUACCUCUCUACCUGUAGUAAAUUAGCUCGAGGUGGAAUCCUGACAUCAACUGGAUUUUAUAAAUGUCUGCGAACUGUCUUUCCAAAUCAUACAGUGAAGAGAGUAGAAGAUCCAAGUAACAAUGGUCAAGCACAUAUACAUGUGGUAGGAGUGAAAAGGAGAGCUAUACCACUUCCCAUUCAGAUGUACUAUCAGCAGCAACCAACUUCGUCUACCCCAGUUGUCCGGGUUGAUUCAAUUCCUGAUGUGUCUUCGUCUCCUUCGCCAGCAGGAAUCCCGCAUGGGCUACCAAGCGUAGGAAAUCACUAUCAGAGGACCCCUAUUAACCAGUCUUCAACUUUGACAGCAACACAGAUGUCUUUUCCAAUUCAAGGUGUUCAUACUGUGGCACAGACUGUUUCUAGAAUUCCACAAAAUCCUUCUGUUCAUACACAGCAGCAACAAAAUGCUCCAGUGACUGUUAUACAGAGUAAAGGUCCAAUACCCUGUGAAGUAGUGAAGGCCACAGUAAUACAGAGCUCUGUUCCCCAGUCUGCAGUUCCGGUUACUAUUGCUGUAGGAGGAGCACCACAAGCUUCUAAUCAAAAUCACAGCACUACAGGACCACAGCCGUCUGUUACUGUCGUUAGUUCUCAGACGUUGCUUCACCACCAACCUGUAAUUCAACAACAGUCUCCACUGCACGCAGUGGUACCAGGACAGCUACCUUCAGGCACUCCUGUUACGGUAAUUCAGCAAGCUGUACCUCAGGGUCAUAUAUUUGGCAGAGUACAAAACAUACCAGCAUGCAGUUCAGCAGUUUCACAGGGUCAACAGCUAAUCAGCACAUCAUCACAACCUGGGCAGACACCAUCUCAGCAGUCCUCUGCUGGCAACCAGCAACAAGAUACAGUCAUCAUAGCACCACAGCAGUACGUCACAACCUCUGCAUCUAACAUUGUUUCUGCCACCACAGUUCAAAAUUUCCAAGUAGCAGCUGGGCAGGUGGUUACAAUCGCAGGCGUCCAAAACCCACCAACAUCUAGGGUCGGGUUUCAGAAUAUUGCACCAAAGCCUCUGCCGUCUCAGCAAGUUCCACCUGCCGUGGUACAGCAGCCGAUGCAGCCACAGCAGCAGCCUCCAGCACCAUCCCAGCAAAGUGUAGUGAUUGUAAGCCAGCCAGCUCAGCAAGGUCAAACGUAUGCACCAGCCAUUCAUCAAAUAGUGCUUGCUAAUCCAGCUUCUCUUCCCACUGGUCAGACUGUCCAGUUGACUGGACAGCCAAGCAUUACUCCAUCUUCUUCACCAUCCCCAGGUCCGGUUACAAAUAAUCAAGUCCCUACAGUUAUGUCAUCUUCAUCUACCACUCCUCAGUCACAAGGACCCCCUCCUACUGUCAGCCAGAUGCUUUCUGUAAAGAGGCAGCAGCAGCAGCAACAUUCACCAGCAUCAUCGCAGCAGCAGGUACAGGUACAACAACCGAUACAAAUGCAAGUUCAGUCACAACAAGCUAACACAGGAGUUGGCCAGCCUAACUCUGGUGAGUCUAGUCUGAUAAAACAACUGCUUCUUCCGAAAAGAGGCCCCUCAACUCCAGGGGGGAAGCUUAUACUCCCAGCUCCACAGAUUCCUCCACCUAACAAUGCAAGAGCUCCUAGCCCUCAGGUGGUUUAUCAGAUGGCCAAUAACCAGGCACCAGGUUUUGGAGUUCAAGGACAGUCUCCAGCUCAGCAGCUGCUAGUUGGGCAGCAAAAUGUUCAGCUCGUCCCGGGUGCAAUCCAGCCCCAAGGGGCAGUACAAACAGUACCCAUUUCUAAUUUACAGAUAUUGCCAGGCCAGUUGAUCUCAAACAGCCCAGCAACUAUUUUCCAAGGGACUACUGGCAACCAGGUUACGAUAACAGUUGUGCCAAAUACGAGUUUUGCUACUGCAACUGUGAGUCAGGGAAAUGCAACUCAAAUCAUUGCUCCAGCAUGAAGUGCAGUGAUUGGAGCACAGACAGGAGUUGGGCUACAGGUGCAAACACUUCCAGCUACUCAAGCACCUUCAGCUGGACAAUCACCGUGUACUGCUGCUCCCCCAUUCAAAGGUGAUAAAAUAAUUUGCCAAAAGGAGGAAGAAGCAAAGGAAGCAACAGGUUUACACAUUCAUGAACGUAAAAUUGAAGUUAUGGAGAAUCCUUCCUGCCGAAGAGGAGCUGCAAACACCAGCAAUGGGGAUGCAAAAGAAAAUGAAAUGCAGGUGGGAAGUCUUUUAAAUGGGAGAAAGUAUAGUGACUCCAGUCUACCUCCUUCUAACUCAGGGAAAACUCAGAAUGAGGCCAAUCAGUGCUCACAAGUCAGUAAUGGGCCAUCAUUAGAAAUGGGUGAGAACGGAGCUCCUGGAAAGCAGAACUUUGAACAAAUGGACACACAGGAAAUUAAAAGUGAUUUGAAGAAGCCCCUAGUUAAUGGAAUCUGUGAUUUUGAUAAAGGAGAUGGUUCUCAUUUGAGCAAAAACAUUCCAAAUCACAAAACUUCCAAUCAUGUAGGAAAUGGUGAGAUAUCUUCAGUGGAACAACAAGGGAAUUUGGAUGCCACGCAGCAAGAUACUGCCAAAGGUGAUCAAGGGGAGAGAAUUUCUAAUGGGCCUGUAUUAACUUUGAGUAGUUCACCUGUUGUAAGCGGUACACAGGAGGCUGCAAAACUGUUAACCCAGCAACUUAGUGGUACCAACACUGAUUUACCUAAUGGACCUCUAGCUUCAAGUUUGAAUUCAGAUGUGCCUCAGCAACGCCCAAGUGUAGUUGUCUCACCACAAUCUACAGCCUCUGUUAUACAGGGGCAUCAAAUCAUAGCAGUUCCACACUCAGGACCUAGAGUGUCCCAGUCUACCCUGUCAUCCGAAGUUCGGUCUACUAAUGGCACAGCAGAAUGCAAAACUGUAAAGAGGCCAGCAGAGGAUAAUGACAGGGAAACUGUUCCAGGAAUUCCAAAUAAAGUAGGAGUUAGAAUUGUUACAAUCAGUGACCCCAACAAUGCUGGUUGCAGUGCAACUAUGGUUGCUGUGCCAGCUGGAGCGGAUCCAAGCACUGUAGCGAAAGUAGCAAUAGAAAGUGCUGUUCAACAAAAGCAGCAGCAUCCAACCACGUAUAUACAAAGCAUGGUCACACAGAGCACACCUGCAACGUCGAUACCAACAGUGCAAGUACAGGGCCAGCAGAUCAAUUUGCAGCCGCCUUCAUACACUGCAAGUCAGCACACAGAGCAAAUGAAAAAACCUGGACAGAACUUCAUGUGUCUGUGGCAAUCUUGUAAAAAGUGGUUUCAAACACCAUCACAAGUUUUCUAUCACGCAGCAACUGAACAUGGAGGAAAAGAUGUCUACCCAGGGCAGUGCUUAUGGGAGGGAUGUGAACCUUUCCAGCGGCAGAGGUUUUCCUUCAUUACCCAUUUACAGGAUAAGCACUGUUCCAGAGAUGCUUUGCUUGCAGGAUUAAAGCAAGAUGAACAUGGACAAGCGGGAAAUCAGAAGCCUUCCAAUAAGCAGCCAGCUGCAGGGGGUACUGCCUCUACUCCCAGACCACAGAAGGCCAUUGUGAAUCAUCCGAGUGCUGCCCUAAUGGCAUUAAGGAGGGGAUCAAGAAACCUUGUCUUCAGAGAUUUCACAGAUGAAAAAGAGGGACCAAUAACUAAACACAUCCGAUUAACAGCUGCCUUAAUAUUAAAAAAUAUUGGUAAAUAUUCAGAAUGUGGUCGCAGAUUGCUAAAAAGACAUGAAAAUCAUCUAUCAGUGCUAGCCAUUAGUAAUAUGGAAGCUUCCUCCACACUUGCCAAAUGCCUUUAUGAACUUAAUUUUACUGUCCAGAGUAAAGAACAUGAAAAAGACUCUGAGAUGCUGCAGUGAGAAAAGUCCCUCUUGUACAUCGGGACAGAGAUAGUCAAACACAUUUCAAAUACUGUUACUGAAGAAAGCACCAAGUCUUAAUGGAACAGAGACCAUAGAUUGAAUUAUUUUAUCUCCUCCCGUGAUGCUGAGAGGAAGCUUUGUAUUCUGAUCACUCAACGAAUCCCUUUGUUCUGUUUAGAAAAAGGAGGGAAAAAAAAAAAAAACUGCCAUGGGAUUUUCAACCAGCUGUCUGCAGGAUGUCUCUCAAAUCUGAUAAAUCCUGAAGGAAACUGGUGUGAUCAGAAUUCAGUACCAUCCACAUUGGAAUAAACAUGGAAUAUUGUAAAACCUACAUGAGCAGAUGAAAUAGAAGCAUUAAAUAUUUUUAUCUAUAUCCAAAAAGGAGCACAUUUUUAUAUUUACGAAACCGUUUAAGCUGGUUUGAAUAAAAAAGAAAAGUUUCAGCACACCUGUAACCCCCUGGUCUCGGAGGGUGCCACCAGUAUCUAGCUAUGGAUUGCGUGUUUUGUUUAGAAAUCAGUAGCUUGGUUUUCUUACUUGAGCCAAUAUAUUUUCACUUAUUUAUUAUCAUAAAAAUUUACCAGUCUGAAUAGAUCUUGUAAAUAUUUGUGAAUAGAA